GCAAACACAUUCAGGAUUCGGUCUGGUUCUUCAGCUGAGGUCCAGGACGAUUCGGGAUAUGUGAACAUCUAAGAUCUGUCUUUGCUACGGCUGCUGCUUAAUAAACUACAUCUACGUGCGAAGCUGGCGGCUCGUUCGCUACUGUUCAACCUGCAAUGUCAGUGAUCCGAUACAAUCAGAACCAGAGCGUUGUAUUACAAGAUCCAGUCCGCGGCGCAGUUGUCGUAUACGACGCCGACUCCCGUCAGCUCAAACUCCAUCGCGAUCUGUCGCUCAACUCAUCCUUGGACGCCGCCACACCCACACACGAUCUCUCGGACCACCACCACCACCAUGGCCCCUGUCCUUACUGUGGCAGAGGAGCCACUCCACCGCUGGCAGAGCAGCCAGGAUCGGUUCCGGUGAACAAUCAAAACCGGAGGUUUUUUGGUCAACAGCCUCUGCCAUCCAGUCCUGACAGAUAUAGUCGAAGUGGGCUCAACGGGGCAGGGUUGCGGGGACGCACGUUCGUGGACGCCAAUUACUUUCGACUCUUGCAAGAUGCCAGUACCGACCGUGCGUCUCGCGAACCGUCAGAACCCUUAGAUUCCCAUACUUCACCGUCACCCUCAUCAGACAGAAUAGGUAUCUCAUCAUCAGCCUAUAGCGAGGGGUAUUUUGAGCGGUUUUUCGUGACCGAAAGGGAGCUUGGUCGUGGAGGUAGAGGGGCAGUAUAUUUAGUGGAGCACGUACUGGAUGGAGUCUCUCUCGGAAGGUUUGCCUGCAAAAAGAUACCGGUAGGAGACGACCACAAGUGGCUGGAGCGAGUUCUAAGAGAAGUUGAUCUGCUCCGGAUAACUCACGCGAACCUGGUCAACUACAAUCAUGUAUGGCUUGAAAACGCUCAACUGACGAGUUUCGGUCCGAAAGUCCCGUGUAUAUUCAUCUUACAGGAGUACUGUGACGGCGGCACGCUCGAGGAGUACGUGAACAAUCGGUCUGGUAUCAAAAGGAAUGAUCUAGACGUCGAGGAACUCAAGAAACGAGCGAGAAUGAGAUCAAAGCACAAAAGAGAACCGCCGGCGCAACCAAGAAGCUUUCUCUCUCUCGAAGAGAUUGGCUCGUUUUUCAUCGAUAUAACCUCAGGACUCAAUCAUCUUCAUCAAAACGGGUUUGUUCACCGCGAUCUGAAACCGUCAAAUUGUCUUCUCGACCUGGAUUCCACUUUUCCUAAAGUACUCGUCAGCGACUUUGGAGAAGGCCAGCGCGAAGGCGCCAAGCGCGAUGCUACCGGCGCGACUGGAACCGUGGGAUUUUGUGCCCCAGAGACGCUGAUACCGGAUGCUCAUUCCGGCGAACUGCCGCAGUUUUCGUUCAAGACCGACAUGUUUUCUCUCGGCAUGAUUCUCUAUUUUCUUUGCUUUUCACAGCUCCCAUACCAGCAUGAGUUCGAGUCCGACUUUGAUGCUCUGCGGAGCGAGGUUAUACAGUGGAACGGGUUCGAUAGGUCGAAAGUCUUACACCUCCGAAGCGAUCUGCCGACCGAGAUUUACGACCUGCUUUCGCAGUUGCUGUCGCCUGAUCCAGAUCAGCGUCCGACUGCCGAGAGUCUGCUAGAUCUGAUAGGCGUGAACAUUGAGCGAGGCAGGAAAAGAUCAUCAGGAUCAGUUGGCCAGUCAUCGAUAUCUUCCGCCCCCACCUCCGCCACACGAUCAUCCUCGGUAACUGAUUCAAUCUCCGGCCUAUUCUCUCUCUGGAGAUCACAAGUCUCUCACGAACCCCCCGAGUCAUCAAACAUGUCUUUGAUGCCACAUACCUCCCAUCUAUCUUAUGACAACGACGAUCCAGGCGGCUCAGACUAUGAAGAUAUAAGUCCCUCCACAUCCACGACCGCGCUAGAACGCCAUCGAUCGGCUUCGAUUGGAUCCAGCGAGCUCGCGGUCGUCAAGACGGAGUCUGGCGCAUUGUCUGAGUCGGCCUUGCAAUACCCUUCACCGGUUGUGACGAGGGCAUGGCAUGCGCGAUAUCUUUCUUGGCUGAUGUCGUAUGUAGUCGUCGGGUUGGUCGCAUCUUUCAUCACUUAUUACGCUAUGAAAAGACAGGCGAUCGGCGAGCAUCCAGCUGAUAUCAUAUUCUACUGAAGCAUUCACUACCCCUUGUACCAGAAACAUACGCCUGUUGUAGCAUCAUUACCUCCUACUCAUAUCACAAACUUCAUCACUUUGUGUUACAGGAUCACAACCAAAGCAACUUAUUAUAAUGAAU